AUGGAUUCACUCGCUAAUGAUUCGGUUGGUGACGACACCCUCGCCAGCGUGUGCAGCGAGGACACACCGGUGUUUUGCCUCGCCAGAACGGUAUCCAUUUCAAUCGUACUUGGUAUCAUCGCUGUAGUGACAGUCAUUGGCAACAUCUUUGUGAUUGCUGCUUACACCAAAGACACACGCAUCAGCUCCACCGUCUCCAAUGCGUUCAUACUGAGUCUGUCCAUCUCCGAUUUGAUAGUUGGGGCCGUCUCGCUCCCACUGAAUUCAGUAUGGGUCAUCCUGGACCGGUGGCCUUUUGGAAAGAUCCCCUGUCAGAUAUGGCUCGUGUUGGACUACACCUCCACCAACGUUGCCGUCAUCACAGUUCUGUUCAUCAGCCUCGAUCGGUACUGGCUGCUGACCAAGAAACUCGCCUACGGUACAUUUCAGACGCACAAACGGGCUACUGUCAUGAUCGUCACGUCGUGGGUUAUCACUGGGCUGUUUUACACAUUGGUAACUUUCGCAUGGGGUCCGUUGGCGGGCGUUGAUAAUGUAGACUAUGGCGAGGAUUGCGAAUUGGAGCCGUACGACAAUCUCCCCUUUCUGGCAUUCGAAAUGGCCGUCGAGUUCUUCAUCCCAUUGCUGAUCAUUACCUACUUGAAUGCACGGGUGUAUAUCAACAUCAAGCAGCGCUCAAAGGGUAUAUUUCGGAAGCCCGGAGGAUAUUCUCACGAGAUCUCGGGUAUGGCCCCGAGCAGUGCAAGCAUUCUUGAUCAAGAUAGAGCCCAUCAGGACCAGUUGUCAGUUGGACAACGAUUAAGCAUCGAACUCAACCAGUCCCCAGCCCAGAAAAUGCGUGUACCGAGAGUCGAAAAUGGUCAGAGUAACACGGGUUUUGAUGGGACACUGGAAGACAUAACAAUCCAUCUGGACUCUGGCCAAGUCCAAACGCCUGCCCAAGAAGAGGACGGCAUCAAUCCGACCAAGGAAACUCGGAAUCCCGUGGCAGCAAGCAAGAGCAUCGGCCCAGACCGAGACCAAAGGGCCACUCGCAGAGAAUUCCACCGGCACCGCAAAGCAGCGAUUACGCUCUCAGUGCUAGUGGGUGUCUUCGUUGCCUCCUGGUUACCCUUCUACAUUGCAUCGCUCCUUGCCGCUUUCUGCGAGAGCUGCGUCUCCGAUCUGGCCUGGGAGGUAGUCAACUACCUUCUGUGGUGCAACUCGACCAUCAACCCGUUUCUGUACGCGCUCCUUGCGGUGCGAUUCCGGCAGAAUUUUCUGCGCUUUUUGGGUUUGAGGUCUUGCACGAAGCGAUCAUAG